AAACGCGGUUAAAUGAAUUUUAGGUUAUGACCUCAAAUGACCUUCAACACGAGACGUUGAUUCCCGAAGGUUGCCAUUGAGAUGAAUAGUCCACUUCCGUCGCGGUAUACAAAAGUUAGGCAAAAUAUUGUCUCACCGCAAGAAGUUACCUACAGUAAUCAAGAAUUUACGGCUUCAAAUCAAAACUUGUCCUACAGUUUUCGACUGGGGAUUUCAAGUGAUGUUGAGGAUAUUCAGGCUUUCCGCAGAAAUGACGCGCGCCGUCACAGUUACACAGAUGUUCUGUCUCUCACAAAUGAGGAACUUCACCCAGAUAUUUUGUUGGACCAGGAUAUAGAGGGGUUCGAUUAUGACCCUGUUCAAAAUAAGAUAUUUACCGAUGAAGGUUCACGGAGAGCUUCUUAUGAGAAUCGCUUUCAAGCUGCUUUGCUGCGACACCUAGUCUUAUUCUUAAUAGGUGUUUUUACUGGUCUUUCUGCUUGUCUAAUUGAUUAUGGCAUUGAAAUUAUUUCCCAAUCUAAAUACCGAUCAAUCUCCUGGCUAAUCAGUUAUUACCCUCACUCCUUGUGGAUUUCUGUCCCAGGUUUUUUAUGGUGUGUUAUAAACUCAGUCCUCACAGGCGCCGCGGCGACACUGGUCGUCUAUCUAGCCCCAGUUGCUGCUGGAAGUGGAAUUCCUCAAAUCAAAUGUUACCUCAAUGGUCUUAAUAUUCCUCGUGUAAUGCGUUGCCUCACCAUGGUAGUGAAAGGUGUUGGUGUGGUUCUGUGUGUUUCAGGGGGGUUAGCUGCUGGCAAAGAAGGACCAAUGAUACAUAUUGGCUCAGUGAUUGCUGCUGGAUUAUCCCAGGGACGCCUUCGGUUUUGCAAAGUGUCGUUGAAGUGUCUGCAGAUCUUUAGAAAUGAUCAAGAAAAGCGUGAUUUCGUCAGUGCCGGUGCGGCCGCUGGUGUUGCAGCCGCUUUUGGGUCGCCAGUUGGUGGUCUCUUAUUUUCCCUAGAAGAAGGUGCUAGUUUUGUGUACCAGAGGUUAACAUGGACAAUACUCUUUACGUCUAUGGUUUCGAUGUUUACUUUGGCUCUGUUUAAAACCCUCACCCGUACUCAUGUAUUCAAAUUUACUCCAGGAGGUCUUGUCAGCUUUGGUACUCUUGAAUCUUUGAACGACUAUAACGCCUAUGAGAUUCUCAUGUUCUUAGUAAUGGGUUUGAUUGGCGGGUUAUCUGGAGCAUUAUUUGUUAAAGCCAAUUCAGUGUUAACGAGAUAUAGGCAAAAAAAUAUUACGACGAAGUACAAUAAAAUUUUGGAAGCUAUGCUAGUCAGUGCAUUAACGACUACACUGUGCUUUGCUAUUAUGUGGGCUGUUCGUGACUGUAGCCCGCUAGCAUAUACCAGCAGUUCUUUUCCCUUGAAAAUGAUGUGUGCAGAUAAUGAGUUCAAUUCAAUCUCUUCGCUACUAUUUUCAACACCUGAGCGUUCACUAAGGACCUUACUCCAUGAUCCACCAAUGACGUACAGCAUUUUUGUAUUGACAGUAUUUGUGUUUGUGUACUAUUUCUUGGCCUGUAUUACCUUCGGUUUAUCAGUUCCAGCUGGUUUAUUUAUUCCGUCCUUGCUCAUUGGUGCGGGUUGGGGGAGAAUUAUAGGAAAUGUAAUGCAUACUGUCGAUCCUGUUCAUUUUUCGGAUCCCGGGAAAUUCGCUCUAGUCGGAGCUGCAGCACAAUUAGGUGGUAUUGUUCGUAUGACUUUAAGUCUGACAGUUAUUCUUAUGGAGGCUACAGGAAAUGUGAUUGUCGGCUUACCUUUGCUAAUGACCUUGACUGUUGCGAAGUAUAUGGGGGACUGUUUAAGUGAAGGUAUAUACGAUGAACACAUUGGACUAAGUAGCCUGGCUCUACUUCCCUGGACACCACAUUCACUAGCUAUAACUAAACGAGCUUAUGAUUUGAUGUCCAAUCCCGUUGUAUUUUUACAUCCUAUUAUGCGUGUCAGUGAUUUAGUUGACCGUAUUUCUAACAAUUUACAUCAUGGAUUUCCAGUUGUUGUUGGUUCUACAGAUCCGUCCAGAUUUUCAUAUGGCACCUUAGUCGGCAUGAUUUCAUCUGAGCAUUUAGCACUUUUACUACAAAAACGCGCCUUCUGUAAAGACGGCCAUACAGUUUACACUAUGCGUUAUGAAGAUUAUGAUAAUACCUAUCCAUCGUAUCCUAAGUUGGCCGAUGUUCUGGCUAACUUAUCGUAUGAAGAUAUGGACGCUUAUUUGGAUUUGAGACCUUAUAUGUGUGAAGCACCGUAUAGUGUUCCAGAGACUAUGACAAUGACUCGUGUCUAUCACCUCUUCCGUCUUCUGGGCCUUCGACAUCUACCUGUUGUUGACAAUCAAAAUCAAGUACUAUGCUGAUUUUUAUACUUUUGAAUUCAUUUUAAUCAUAUCUUGUUUAUAGCUUGUAAGCAUUGCAGCUAAAGUAUUGUGCAUGUUAAUCGCGCUCUAAAUCACCACAUCAUCAGGCAGCAUAGGUAGAUUGACUUGGGAGAAGAAUUGAAAGUUCAGACUAGGGAGAUAUAUAAAGAUCAUCUGUAUUGGCAAGUGUGUGUCUCUGUACCACUAGCAAAUUUGACUGAUGCUUUUAUCAGACUUUCUAACAUUCAGCUUGUUGGUUUCUACGCAUUUGGUAUUAAUAAUAACUAACGACUAGUUCAGUCAAACAAAUUAUAAUACACAGAAGCACUUUAUGUCACUCUGUAUGGGUUCCAGUGUUUUAGAGAAAGGUUCAGCCUAGGUUCCUAAUGGUUCAGAAAAUCAAGGAUAGUAAGCUUAUGUCAUUAUUCAUCACUAAUCAAAACGUUAGAAAACAAGAAGUUUAACUAAAAUAUUUCUUCGGUGGUUUUAUUGUUUCCUUCGGCCUAUAAUUUAGCAUAGUUGCAAUUAUUUAAUCCGAUGCUGGUGGCAAAGGUGCGAUUUAACUGAGGUUAUAAUUUUUUUUCAACUUGGUAUGAACACUUGGAAGUGUGAUGAGAGAGUGAGUAUAGUAACCAAAAUAAUACGUAAUCAAGAAUGUAAUUACGUAAUAUAUAAAAUAGUUAUUAUCGACAAAAGUGAUUAUGAUAUACAAAGUAGCCGAUUAUGACAGUAUUGUACACUUUCCAAGUGUUGAUUUGCAAGGAUUUGAUCGAUCUCAAUUUUGACCAUGAAUUGACCUCAGUUAAAGAACCAGAAGAUACUGAAUAACUGUUUCGUCCUUGUCUGGGACUGUUCAGCAUUACGCACCUAUGAGCCCAAUCAGGGAUCUGACCCCAGGACCUUGAUGUUACAAGGCGAACACGUAUACCAUACAGUCACUAGGACGGAAUACAACGGCCCAAUAACUCUGACUAGCUAAAAUUGUCCCAGUGGUUGAAACUGUGAACUCCUGCAAAUAGCAGUGUGUGCUAAUUUUCUAAAAUUGCAAUGUACUUGUUCUAAUUCAAGAAAAUGUAAUUGCAUAGGAUGAGUGUCUUCUUGUGAUUCCUUGUAUCAAUUUAUACGCAUGUACCACCAACAUCAACACCGGAAUUAUUAUUAGAUACAUGAAUAUAAUAAUUACUUUAUCGUGUAGCCACCGAGUAUUUUCUUAAAAUUCACUUUAUUUUCAUCUAACCAAAAUAAUUCUUUUAGGUUCGCGGAAUCAUUACACGAAAGGACCUAAGACGUUUUAAAUUUCAAUUUGUCGGUGAUGAGUAUCGUGUGGAAGAGUUGAUUUUCUCGCGUAAAAUGUAAUAAAUUACACUUAAAACACUUAAAAGU